AUGUCGCUGCACUGUCAAGGAGCAGAGACAGCCACACUGGCGGCCCGUGCUACUCCAGACGUCGCUGCUCUGUCGAGGAGCAGAGACGGCCACAAUGGCGGCCCAUGCUGCUCCAGACGUCGCUGCUCUUUCAAGGAAGGCUGGAACAGAGGGGCCACACUGACGGCCCGCGCUGUUCCAGACGUCGCUGCUCUGUCAAAGAAGGCAGGAACAUUGGCGGCCACACUGGCGGCCCUAGCUGGUUCAGACGUCGCUGCUCUGUCAAGGAAGGUUGGAAGAGAUGUAGCCACACGGGCGGUCCGUGCUGCUUCAGACGUCGCCGCUCUGUCGAGGAUGGCUGGAACAGAGGCGGGCACACUGGCGGGCCUUGCUGCUCCACACGUCGGUGCUCUGUCGAGGAUGGCUGGAAAAGAGGCAGCCACACUAGCGGCCGGUGCAGCUCGAGAAAACGCUGCUCUAUCGUGCUCUAUCGAGAGAGGCUGGAUCACAGGCGGCCACACUGUCGACAUUGCUGCUCCAGACGUCGGUGCUCUGACGAGGAAGGCUCUAACAGAUGCGGCCACACUAGCGGCCUGUGCUGCUCCAAACGUCGCUGCUCUGUCGAGGAAUGCUGAAAGAGAUGCGGCCACACCGGCGGCCCGUUCUGCUCCAGACGUCGGUGCUCUGUUGAGGAAGGCUGGAACUGAGGCGGAGACACUAGCCGCCCAAAUUGCUCCAGACGUCAACGUCGCCGCUCUGUCGAGGAAGGCUGGAAAAGAUGCGGCCACACUGGCGGCCUGUUCUGCUGCAGACGUCGGUGGUCUGUCGAGGAAGGCAGGAACUGAGGCGGGGACACUGGCGGCCCGUGCUGCUUCAGACGUCGCUGCUCUGUCAAGGAACGCUGGAUCAGAAGAGGCUACACUGACCGCCCGUUAUGCUCCAGACGUCAGUGCUCUGUGUAGGAAGGCUGGAACAGAGGUGGCCACACUGGCGGCCGUUGCUGCUCCAGACGUCGCUGCUCUGUCAAGAAAAGCUGGAAUAGAUGCGGGCACACCAGUGGUCCGUGCUGCUUCAGACAUCGCCACUCUGUCGAGGAAGGCUGGAACAGACGCUGCCACAUUGUAG